CACUGUCAAAGCACGAUCCAAGAACACGAUCCAUCGUCGGCCGAUCGUCGACUAGAGACAAAACAACAACAAAAUGCAGAAUUCGAGAGGUUGUUCGAGUGAGGAAAAAGAAUAGUGCUCUGAAAAUAUUGGAUUUUGGAGUUUCUUAAGUAGAGGGACCUGUCUCUAGAACAUGCAACAUGUUCAAUUUACAAUAUUUUAUAAUUGUGCUAAGCGCCAGUAAACACCCUGUGACUAGUGUGACUUUUUCACUGAAGACAUUUUCAUAAUUAUUAAGAAUUAAAGAGAUAAUUGAGCUGGUUUAAUAUGGGCAGAACUCGACGGUGCAUAGUGAAGACAUGUCCAAACAAUGACUUGACCAAUGUCAGCAGCACCCUCUCUCUGCAUAGGUUUCCAAAUGAUUCCGAACUGAGGAGAAAAUGGACCACGCUUCUUGACCUUAAGUACGAAGACAUCAACCCAGCCUUUCCUCAUCGGUAUUUGGUCUGCCAGGAGCAUUUUCAAAUGGAGCGGUACCACAGCACAACUUGCCAGCUGAUGGACUCGUAUGGUAUUGCAGUUGGAAAAAAUUGCAACAGGAAGUGCUAUAUGAUCCCGUCUGGCGUCUUGCCAACCAGAAAUUUGCCACCCAUAGCUAAGGAUUUGCUUGACAAAAUCUUCGACAAUCCCACCGUUGCGUUUGGCAAAAAGUUCACUGAACCCAUCAAACCUCAAUCAUCGAACUAUGUACCAGUCCCUGGACCGCAAGUGCCUCGAACACCACGACUGAUUCUCCCAGCGCCAAGUUCCAAUGAGAUUCUUAUUGAAAAUGUCGUAUCUUCCAGCAGAGCCCCUUCAGAACCUGACCCUCUGGACCCCAGCACCUCUAUUCAACCCGAAGUCAUUCGAAAGAGCGUACCCAAAAAAAUCCAGGUGAAACCUGUGCAUCUGGAUUUAGAGAAAUCUACCCCAACUAGGAAAAUUCCUUUAAUUUUGUGCAGAGCACCAAGAUCUCUUCCUGUAGUGGUUCCAACGCCUCCUCGGCAAGCACCACCAGUUAUCAGUGCUGCACCUUCAAAACCUGCUCUUUUUUCUGGAGAACCUCGCAUGGUUCAAAUCAUAGAGGCUGAAAAAAACAAGCCUAUGCAGCUUUUCAUCGAGCCCAGUAAAAAGGAAGUUCCAAAGCCAAAACUGGUCAAAAAGCCCGAGUCGCAGAAUACGCAGACGCAGGUUAUUAUUUUGAAUAAACAGCAGUUGGCCGGCGCAAAAAAUGGAGCUGUCAUUCGUACACCAGACAGCAAGGGGCAGACUCAGAGCGUCAAAGUGCUCAAAAUUUUUAGGACAACGCCGAACUCACCAAAAAUACCUUUGACUCCUGCUGCACCUCAAUGUCUUGAAGUGGCUGUGCAGCAGCAAAAACCCAGCAGCACCCCACUGGUCUGUGCAGUGAAGACGAUUAGUACGGUGACUUCAGUUAAGGAGGAGGAUUUUCUUUGCGAUGAAGCAAGCAAUAACAAGUUAGAGAUCGGGGGGAUUGAAAAACUUUGUAAGCCAAAUUCUCCAAAUAUAUCUUUGACUGCUGCUGCGCCUCAGUGUCCACAAGUGACUGUGCAGCAGCUAAAACCUAGUAGCAUCCCACUUGUCAGUGCAGUGAAGACCCUAAGUACAGUGACUUCAGUUAAGGAGGAGGAUUUUAUUUCUGAUGAAGAAGGUAAUGAAGACAUAGAGAGUGAAAAAUUGUGCAGAUUUUGCGCAAAGGCUGGACUGGAUUUAAGCGAGAUUUAUGAAGAUGGCAAGGAUCUUGCCAAGUCAAUCAAUGAGUGCCUCCCCUUUCAGGUGUCCAAAACUGACACCCUAUCUCUCUUGAUUUGUGAUGAAUGUCGAGAGUCGGUAGACAGAAUGCACAAGUUCUAUCUGCAAUGUAAGGAUGCCAACAAAAAGCUGCGCGAGCUAAAUGUGAAGCGCAAAGGAUCAAAGGUACCAGAGCCUUGCUGUACAUUGAAAACAACAAGAACGUACGAGUAUGUGGCGAAUCUUGGUGACUUAUUGAAGAAGAGAAUCCUUGAUGAGCCAAGUUCUGACUCGUCAAGCUCAUCUUUCCCAGACCUAACUCCAAUUCAGAAGAGGCCGUCCUCAUCAUUAGAACAGCCGUCGGCCAGGAAGCAGAGAAUCAUUGAAAACCCAAAUAUAGACCUGACAACCCCAACAUACUCGGUGUACAAAUUCCUCGAUCCAAAGGGGCUGAUGCAGCCAGUGGAGCAGUUCCCAUCAUACUACUGCAAGCGGUGCCCAAAUGUGUUCUCUAAAAAGUCCCUGCUUUGCCGGCACUCGUGGACCCACCACUCCAGAUUGAUGUGCGCCCAUUGCUUUGCUGAGUACGACGACAGGAAAGAAUUUGAGUUCCAUUGCGUUGAAUAUCACAAAAGGAUGCCCUCUCUGGAGCAUUAUACUUUCAAUGAUUUCGGCAACAAAGUUUGCAACUUCUGCAACGAAGAGUAUUCCAAAUUCCACCUGCUGCGGAAUCACUGCCUGCACAACCUGUGCCCUGUCCUGACGCAAAAACUUGGCCUUGAGAUGGGAGUGCCUAACAAGCGCUUCAAAUGUGAUCUCUGUGAUAGCCGCUACGGAAGAAAAUUCAAAAUAGUGAACCACAUGUGCAUGCACUUUGGCAUCAAGAAGUUUAAAUGUAAGGUGUGCAAGAAGAGAUUCGCCGCUCGAGGUCAUCUCCGAAACCACAUGGGUGUCCAUAAAAACUUUGAUGUCCAAUGCGAAGAAUGCGGAGCUUCGUUUAAAACCAGGACCGGCCUGAGGCAGCACAGUUUGGUUCACACUGGCCGAUGGAAUAACAAGUGCACCUGUUGCUCAAAAACGUUCCGCUUUGUGAAAGAAGCCAAGACUCACUUCCGACAACAUUCUGCCACUGAAAGGGCCAAAGUGGACAACGUUCCAUUCAAAAAGGUUGCUCCCUUCGAGUGCACCUUCUGCCAGCGACCUUACAGGCAGAAAGAAUAUUUUGAUAUACACCUCAAGUCCCACGAAUCUGAAAACCAGCAGUUGUGCGACCAGUGCGGCCAAAGCUACAAGAAGAAGGCGGCCCUUCGGCAGCACAUCCUCCACGUCCAUGGGCCCCAAGUCGAGUUGGAGUGUAACGUCUGCGCCAAGAUUUUCUUCAGCAAGAACGGUUUAAAGAACCACAUGGAGUUGCACAUCGGGGAAUUGCUGCAGUGCAACGUGUGCGGCCAGGGACUCGUCGGCCGCACCAACCUGAGGAACCACAUCAGAGCGGCUCAUGGCAAGAGCAGCUACAUCUGCGACUUCUGCAACAAGGGCUUCAAAUUGAAAAAGAGACUCAUCACCCACAUCAAAAUGCACACUAUGAAGAGAAAACGUGGGCGUCCUCCAACGAAACACUGGAUUUGAUUAUUCAGGUAGGAAAAAUUGAAUUUAUGAUUGAAAAUGCAAUUAAAAUAAAAUUCAAAUUGAAAGAUUAGGUUGUUAAAACAUUUAUUCAUUGAUUUAUCAAAUCAAACUGCGUUCAGUCCAGUUAAUCGUUAAUCACUAGUUAAAGGGCAAUGUCUUUGUAUCUCUGGUCCGAUUGUUGUGAGCCAAGGGACGUGUGACUGCUGUAGUUGCUUCCUUGCAACGAGCCGUUGCUCAUGGUCCGUUGCAUUCGGAAGGAGCGCGGAAGGGUGCCGUAGUGGUGUCCGUAGGGUGGCGCUCUUACGUGCUGCUGCAGUCUCAUUUGUGACUUAAUCUGGCGUCUAUCCAGACUUUGCGUCGAUGCUUCUGGUGCUGUGUCCAAAUACCCUGAUAAAUUACAAAAAAAAUAAUAAUAAUAAUAUUAAAUAAAGUUUUUGAUAUAUGUUUAAAAUUUAUAUUUACCCGGGCACAUUGGGGCUUGAUUCAUGGGGCUGGGAAAGUAGCCCCAAACAUUAUUGUUCUGAAUCUGCAUUUCAAAAAGAGACCGUGCUCUCUGCAGAACUACGUUGUUUGGGCUUUGGCGCAUGAACAUUGAAGCGUUAAAUUCAUUACUUGAGAGGCCA